AAGGAUGAAAGAGAGAGCACCAUGUUCCUGUAAAAUCGGUGUGGAGAGAGAUCCUCAACUACAUUGUCUCAUUUAUUGAAUCUUCUACAUCUCAAGCUUCAACUUUUGCAACCUCAUAGAAGAAAUACAUACAGUUUUUUAUUUUGCACAUCUUAAAUUGGUUUACGUGGUUAAUUAUUUUGGAUGGAAAUAAUGUUUAGAUUGGAAGAGCAUAAUGGGUGUCAUCAAAACCAGUUUUUCUCUGAUUAUGAUAGGAAAAAUAGAGAACAUAGUAUAACAAUGACACCAUGUUCUGCAUCAUCACCAUCUCCACCAACACUUCCUUAUAUGCAGCACCCUAUAACCAAAUUGGACACUCUUCCUGGCAUUGCAAUCAAAUAUGGUGUUGAGGUUGCAGAUAUCAAAAAGCUUAAUGGCCUUGUUACAGACCAUCAGAUGUUUGCUCUUAAGAUGCUACACAUUCCACUACAUGCAAGGCAUCCUCCUUCAACUUAUUUACCAGAUGAUUCUAGCACCAAAGGACAUUGUAACCCUGAUAACUAUGCAUGCAGUGAACUGGUUGAACCAUUCCAGUCCCUGAGAUUGAAGUCCUCCCCAGCCAUGACCCGUUUACAAAGUUACAAUGUAACCAAACUAACAAUGAAGAAAUCCACAUCUGAAAUCUUUGACAAGGCAGAGUACAGAGAAGGAGCUCCUAACUCUUCAGAAAACGGUUCAUUCUACCGGCACUCGCCGACUUCCAAACGACACCUGAGCCAUCUCCACAAAUCCAAGAGUUUGGCUAGUGGAAUUUUGGAUGAAAUUUUCGAAAGAUGUGAUAUUGAACCAGUUGUAGUAGAAGACUCUAAUACAUGGAAUGAUGCUAAGUUGGUGUCGAAAAAGGAUAAUAGAAACAAUGGUAGGCUUUCAUCAAGAACAGGUAGUGGCUUAGCCCUGAGACAGAAAUCUGGUAGCAGAAUUGCAUUGAAAAGUGAUUGUGAAUCGGGUGGUUUGAAUCCCCGGCCAAUUAAUAUGAGGGCAGUUUUGCUCAUGGAUGGGGAAUGUGGUGGUGGUGUGAGGAGAUCAUCAAGCACAUCAUCUUUACAUAUUCAACGCAGCUCCUCCUCAAGGAGCAGUUUGAAACCAGAUUUACAGGCCUUUUCAACUGGAGGUACUGCAAAACCAACCUUUGGUGUCUUGCCUAUAACUAGCCGAAGAAAUAAAGCUGCACUCGAUUAACUUAUAUGUGAAGUUAGUUACCACACCAGUUGAUUGAUUUGAGGAAGGAGUCUUUAUAUGUGAACAUACACCAUUUGAGGUCGAAAUACAAUUUACAUAUAGCCCUAUGGGUUUCUUCUUUUUUUGGACCGUGUUUCUUUGUGGAUGAUUAGCUUUUGUAUGUUACUGAUCACCAUUGUUUGUUUGUCUCCUUUUUAGCUUUGUUUUCAAAGUUGUGAUUAAUACACCAUUCUGCUUUCUAAAAGAAAAUACAAUUUACAUAUGAGUUAGUGUCAGUUUUGUACCACCAUAAUUUGUGGCAGUCAAAAACCGCCACUAACUCAUAUGUCGAUUGUAUACCUGGCUCAAACCCUAUGUUUAC